AUGAGUCAAUACAAACCCAACAAUGGAAAGAGUAAUGAAUUGUGUCAGUUAGAAAAAAUGUUUAGUAGAAUACAAGAACAGUCAACAUCAUAUAACAUUGAGUUAAUUUUAUAUUUAGUUGAAAAAACCAAGGACGAUCCUGUUCAAGUAAUGAGGGCGUUUGAUUACUUUUUAAGAAGUACUUCUCAAAAACUAUUCAUAACAAAGAUUCAUUUAAUUGAUGCUCUUAUUCGUUUUAUUCGUAAAAAAGAAUUACAAUAUUCUUUUUAUUGCAUGUCACGUGCUACAAUGACAGCACUUUGUAGAAAUAAUUAUGAACUUACACGAGAAGACAUUGAUGCAGCACAUCAACUAUUUGUUCUUUGGGAGUCAAAGAGAAUUCAUGUUAAAUUCCUUAAUAUGUGGCAGUCAUUACUUGAACAGCCAGAAAGAGAUGGUUAUAUUUCAUUCUUAACCAAUCAAAUUUUAUUUAUCCCUCUACCAAAUGAGAAUAGAGAAUUACUAGUUAAUGAGAUUGAAAGUAAUUUUGAUUCCUGUGCAGCUUCAGUUAAUGAAGACAAAAUUAGCAUUGUUGCUGAUACUAACCAAGAUACUAAUUAUAUAAUUAAUUGGCUUAGACAACGAUACAACUCAAAUUACACAGAUAAUAUUUGUGAUCCAACACAUUCUAAAGCAAUAAUCAGAUUUCAAAAUGAGGAUUGGAUGCCAUACGACACUUUUUCUUUUGGCUCUGGAUUUGUUACAAUGAAUAAAAAUGAUAUUCCAUCUAAAUUUGUAGUGUAUGGAGUUACGUACUAUCUUCAUCUCAAAAGAAGUUCAAGAAGUUAUUCAAGAAGCCCGUCUUCAAGAAAUAGUAACUCUUUCAGGUCACCUUACCAAUCACCUACAAGAAGAUCAUCUCCACCACUUCCUGAAUAUAGAAAUUCAUAUAGAUCUCCUAUUAAUAAAAAUUAUCGUUCUUUUUCAAGAGACCGAUCACGAAGUCGUUCUCCUACUCCUUUGUAUAGGAAUUCAUUCAAUCACGACUCUCCAGGAAGAAGGAGACCGAGGUCUAGAAAGAGAUCUUACAGCUCGAAAAGAAAAUCAUUUAGUUCAAGAAGAAGUAGGUCAUACAACAAUCGGUCUAAUUCAAGAAGUAGAAAUUAUAAAUUAGAUCGUUCUAAUCCUAAUCAUUCUCCAAGAUAG